UUGCUUCUUCGACUGGGCCAGUCGGCAGUUGGCUCCUCUAGAGUGGAGUCUCAACGUUCCAGCUUCCGCAGCAGCAUCUGCCAUCUGCAGUGACAUCUACCUUAGAAGCUGUUAUUCUCCUCGUAGCUUUGCCUACGAGGAUUAAACAGGUGUAAAAUGACUUUAGCGGGGUGGAAAAACAUAAAUCGACUGUAAAACAGAAGGGACGAAUGGCGGAAUAUGAGGAAAUUAAUAUCCAGAGCUGAUGGUGUAGGAUUCUUCUAAUUUUUCUCUAAUUUCCAGGGUUUCUCUUCAUUAUGAGCUCCAAGCAUCUGUGGAUAGCUUUCUGUUUAUGGGCUUUAACAUGCUCACUUCUUCCUUCUUUCUCUUCUGGGAUUUUAAGAACUAGUUUGAAGAAGAGACCUCUUGACCUUCAAAGCAUUCGAGCUGCCAGAGCUGCAAGGGAAGCACUGAGACCAGGAAGACCAGUGAAGGAUUCAUACCAGUAUAUCAGUAAUUCACAUGAUGAAGAUAUACUACCUCUGAAAAAUUAUAUGGAUGCACAAUAUUUUGGAGAGAUUGGAAUAGGCACACCCGCGCAGACCUUCACUGUCAUAUUUGAUACUGGUAGUUCCAACCUUUGGGUUCCUUCAUCAUGGUGCUAUUUCUCAAUUGCUUGUUAUGUCCAUUCUUGGUACAAGUCCAGCAAAUCCAGUACAUACACUGAGAAUGGAACAUCAUGUGAAAUACAAUAUGGGUCUGGAUCAUUAUCUGGUUUUUUCAGUCAAGAUGACGUUAAAGUUGGUGAUGUGGUUGUAAAGCAUCAAGAUUUCAUUGAGGCUACUCGAGAGAAAAGUCUUUCCUUUGCAUUCGCCAAGUUUGAUGGGAUACUUGGACUUGGGUUUCAGGAAAUCUCAGUUGAGAAAGCAGUACCAGUUUGGUACAAUAUGGUGGAUCAAGAUCUUGUUGGCGAGAAGGUGUUCUCUUUUUGGCUCAAUGUGGAUCCGGAGGCAGAAGAGGGUGGUGAAAUUAUAUUUGGAGGAAUUGACCGUAAUCAUUUCAAAGGAAAACAUACUUAUGUCCCAAUUACUAGAAAAGGUUACUGGCAGAUUGAAAUAGGAGAUUUUCUCAUUGGAGGUUUAUCAACAGGUGUUUGCGAGGGUGGAUGUGCUGCUAUUGUGGAUUCAGGAACAUCUUUGCUUGCUGGUCCAACCUCGGUCGUGGCUGAAAUCAACCAUGCCAUUGGAGCUGAAGGAGUUGUGAGUUCAGAAUGUAAGGAAAUAGUUUCUCAAUAUGGAGACAGGAUAUGGGAUCUAUUAGUAUCAGGGGUGGAGCCCGAUGAAGUAUGUUCACAAAUUAGUUUAUGCUCUGCAUAUAGGGAUCAAUCUAAGAGCAAUGGGAUCAAAAUGGUGACUGAAACAAUAGUCAGAGAUGUUGUGUCAGCUAGAGAUGAUAAUAUGUGCUCUCUGUGUGAGAUGGCUGUCGUUUGGAUACAGAAUCAACUAAAACGGAAGGUAACCAAGGAAAAAGUAAUCCACUACAUAAACCAGUUAUGUGAAAGACUGCCAAGUCCUGGUGGAGAAUCCACGACAAGUUGUGAAAGUAUUUCUCAGAUGCCGAACAUCACAAUUACCAUCGGAGAUAAACCUUUCAGCCUCACUCCACAGCAGUAUAUUCUGAAAACUGGAGAAGGCGAUGCAGCAGUCUGCCUCAGUGGGUUUACAGCUUUUGAUAUCCCACCUCCUCAGGGCCCUCUCUGGAUCCUUGGCGAUGUUUUUAUGAGGGUAUAUCAUACGGUGUUUGACUACGGCAAUCUCCAAGUGGGUUUUGCUGAAGCUGCCUAAAGGGUCCUCUGGAGAAUCACAUGCAGUCUUCACAAACUCCCUUUAACUUAGAUAAAAAGUUUAUGGUAUUGCUGAUAGUGAUAGAACUUGCAUAAUUAGUUUAAGAUCAUCUGCUUACGUUCCAUAUGUUAAUGUUACAAAUGCUACUGUUUAACAGACGCUCCCUGAGGUUUGAGUAAGUUUAGCACUUUGGAAGGGCUGAUAUUAAGCGUUAUUUAUUGUUAGCAGUGAUAAUUAAAUGCAGCAGGAAUUGUAAAGGCUACAUGAAGCAUAUUCCUGGGUC